AUGGCUGCUUUACACGAAGCCCUCAAGACCUUAGGUCCUCUCGAAUACGCCGAAACACCUACCAGCGAUCUCACACCUUUCCUAUCCAACGCCUUUACGAACGGCCAAUUAAUAGUAGAUUCCGUUCCUAUUCCUCCACCAAGCGCAUCUGCGCUCGAUACCCGUCCACGCUCUUCCUCAACAGCCUCGUCCUCCUCCGAAAUCACGCCUUCGAGCGCUCGCACACCAUCACCCGCCUCGGACGUAGAAGCUCUACAGAAAGAAUGGAAGCCAGUCAAGCUGGCAGCCAGUGCGAAUCCGCUGGGCAUGAAUGUGUACAAAUUAGGUGGAAAAGACGGGAAGGGUGCUUGGUUUGCGCGGAGGAGCGUCCACGAAGGUCUAGGGUUCUCAAAAUGGAAGAAAGCGCUGGAAAGAGAGUUCCCAGAAACCAUGAAGGUACAAGGAGGGCCUGGGGAGGGCAAUAUUCGAGGGAUUGGAGGGGAGCGGAGAGUGGAAUUUGAGAAUGUACCCGGGGUGGGGAAGAUGGAAGUGUUUUUAUUGUCUGCACAAUUCCCGGGACCUACUACACCGAGAGAUUUCGUCACGAUGUUUUUGACUUCCGAUCAAGCUCUGGCGAAGCACGAAAAUGGAGAAGACCCUCCUAGACAUUUCAUGGUUAUUUCGAGGCCAUGUGCACAUCCAGAUACCCCUGCGCGAGACGGAUAUAUCAGAGGACAAUACGAAUCUGUCGAAUUUAUAAGAGAAAUACCAAUCAAGAAGGCACCUAAGAAGUCAGCAUCUACAAGUGAUUUGUUAAAAUCUGGGGAUGAAAAGGGACAUGGCAGGAAGAGAUCCUCGUCUACCAUAAGCAAGGAAGCGAUUAUACGGAAUGCGAAAAAUAAUAGCGUUGAUGGUGAAGGGCAAGCGGGCGACUCGGAAUCAGAUGCUGCUAAGGGUGAUUCUGGUCGGUCUCGUGGUCACACAAUAUCCUUUGAUAAAUCAAGAGGAUCUGAUGCAAAAGGGGAGUAUUUAGAUAUCAAACCUGAGGACGAUGAGAGCGAGCAGAACCCAAUUGAAUGGAUCAUGAUUACGAGAAGUGACCCCGGUGGAAGUGUACCAAGAUUUAUGAUCGAACGAGGGACGCCAGGCGGCAUUGUGUCAGACGCUAGCAAAUUCCUAGAUUGGGCUUGUGCCAAAGAUAUGGAUGAGCUUGAGAGCGAUGGUGAGUCUGGUGAUGAAGGUAGUGAAAAUCUGGAGAACGGCGAACACGAACAUGCUAGGCGAAAGAGUCACGAACAUAACCACGAAAAAGACUUGCAUAAUUGGCAAACUAACGGCCAUCUUGCUGGUAUUGAAGAGGUGUCCACGCCGGCUGUGGAGAAACCGGAACCGGAACCUAAUGAUAAUAUUCUAGCUGCGCAACAGAGGCUGGGAGGAGCUCAGAAGGAGCCAGAAAACACGUCGAAUGGCAGUGGUCUCUACGCAAUGGUCACAGGUGCUGCUGGGUAUGCUGGAGAAUAUAUUGCUGCACAUGCUCCUCAGGUUAUUACGAGUCAUCUUCCGGCGUACAGCGUACAGGAACAGCCUUCAGCAGCCGUCCAGACACCUCAGCCAGUAGUGGUGAGAGAACAGACGCCUGAAAAGGCAUCUUUGGAAUCUCGCCGCGAUUCUGUUUCCUCCAUUGGCAGCGCUUCGUCAGUCGGGUCCUUCACAUCAGCACUAGAACGCUACGAAACAGCCAAAGUAGAUGACGAUGAUUCUUCUCAGCGUCCACCAAGUUCUGAAGGGGAAAACAAACUCAUGUCAGCUCAAGACAAAGAGCUGCAGAAGCUUUCUGAGAAGAAGCGCAAAUUGGAUGAGAAACUCAACAAAGCUCGGGAUAAAGAGUUGACCAAGAAACGCGAAGAUACAGCUAAAGAGGAAGAAGCGAUAAGGAAAGCCGAAGAAGCUCAUGAGAAGGAGGUCAAGAAGCAGGAAGAGAAGUAUAGAAAGGAAGUCGAGAAACUAGAGCAAAAGAAAGCCAAAGAAGCGAGGAAAGCAGAGGAGAAGAGGCGUAAAGCGCAGGAUAAAGACGAACGCACGAGACUUCUACGGGAGCUCGAAGAGGUCAAAGCCGAGAAUGAGAUGUUGAGGAAGGAGAAAGAUAUCCUUCGUGGUCAGGUUGGUGAUUUACAGGCUGAGAAUACGACGCUCGCGGCUAGAGUUGGCAAGUUGGGCGCGCAGGGCGAGGAGGUGUUGAGGGAAGUGAGGCAGGAGGUGGGGAAGGCGGGGAGACUGAGGGCGAGUAGUUUGAGGAGUCUGAAGAGGGCGCCGAGUUAUAAAACGAAUGGGUCGGCGGGGAGUGGGGAGAAGGAGAAGGAGAUUAGUAAGUUGAGUAGUGAGAGUUAG